UCUUACUUGCAUUGCAACCUUAACCUUCAGCAUUCACACUAAGGUGUUCCUUGCUCGCCAAAAGAUCAUGGAGCCUGCCAAAACCAUUCACAACAAUGUCAAAUACUCCCCCAUCUUCUUAGCCAUCUUUGUUCUGAUCUUAGCUUCAGCAUUGUCUUCAGCAAAUGCCAAAAUUCACGAGCACGAGUUUGUUGUUGAAGCAACUCCAGUGAAGAGGCUGUGCAAAACCCACAACAGCAUCACCGUGAAUGGACAAUACCCGGGCCCAACGUUGGAAAUCAACAAUGGAGACACUUUGGUCGUCAAAGUCACUAACAAAGCUCGUUACAAUGUGACCAUUCAUUGGCACGGUGUUAGGCAAAUGAGAACAGGGUGGGCAGAUGGACCAGAAUUUGUGACUCAGUGCCCGAUUCGUCCAGGAGGAAGUUACACCUACCGUUUUACCGUUCAAGGACAAGAAGGCACACUUUGGUGGCACGCUCAUAGCUCAUGGUUAAGGGCCACCGUUUACGGUGCUUUAAUCAUUCGUCCUAGGGAAGGAGAACCCUACCCUUUCCCCAAGCCUAAGCACGAGACACCCAUUCUUCUUGGGGAAUGGUGGGACGCAAACCCUAUUGAUGUUGUGAGGCAGGCCACACGAACUGGGGGAGCCCCAAACGUGUCUGAUGCAUACACUAUCAAUGGUCAACCUGGUGAUCUUUACAAGUGCUCCAGCAAAGACACCACCAUUGUCCCAAUACAUGCCGGCGAGACCAACCUUCUUCGUGUCAUCAAUGCUGCACUCAAUCAACCUCUCUUCUUCACCGUCGCAAACCACAAACUCACAGUGGUUGGUGCCGACGCCUCCUACCUCAAACCCUUCACCACCAAAGUCCUCAUGCUGGGCCCCGGGCAAACCACCGACGUCUUAAUCACCGGCGACCAGCCACCUUCCCGCUACUACAUGGCGGCGCGUGCGUACCAAUCCGCCCAAAACGCUGCCUUCGACAACACCACCACAACCGCCAUACUCGAAUACAAAUCACCGAAUCACCACAAUAAGCAUUCUCACCAUCAUGCCAAAGGAGUAAAGAACAAAACCAAACCUAUAAUGCCUCCACUCCCUGCUUACAACGACACAAACGCAGUCACUGCCUUCAGCAAAAGCUUCAGAAGCCCUAGAAAAGUUGAAGUACCCACUGAAAUUGACCAGAGCCUCUUCUUCACUGUGGGUUUAGGUAUCAAGAAGUGCCCCAAAAACUUCGGACCAAAGAGGUGUCAGGGACCCAUUAAUGGGACGAGGUUCACUGCGAGCAUGAACAACGUGUCUUUCGUUCUCCCGAACAACGUGUCCAUCUUGCAGGCUCACCACCUCGGAAUCCCUGGAGUGUUCACCACUGAUUUUCCGGGGAAGCCGCCGGUGAAGUUUGAUUACACCGGCAAUGUGAGCCGUUCGCUGUGGCAACCUGUUCCCGGGACAAAGGCACACAAGUUGAAGUUUGGGUCGAGGGUGCAGAUUGUGUUGCAGGAUACUAGCAUUGUCACUCCUGAGAACCACCCUAUCCAUCUUCAUGGGUACGAUUUCUACAUUGUUGCAGAGGGUUUCGGGAACUUCGACCCAAAGAAAGAUACGGCGAAAUUCAACCUUGUUGAUCCACCUUUGAGAAACACAGUGGCUGUGCCUGUAAAUGGAUGGGCAGUUAUUCGAUUUGUGGCUGAUAACCCAGGUGCAUGGCUUUUGCAUUGUCACUUGGACGUUCACAUUGGAUGGGGUUUGGCUACGGUGUUGUUGGUGGAGAAUGGAGUUGGGAAGUUGCAAUCCAUAGAGCCUCCUCCUGUGGAUCUUCCUCUUUGUUAGGAUAUCAUUUCAAAAUAUUCGUUGGCCCCCAACAAUCGGAGUUUUGCAGUUUUUCUUAGUUUGGAAGCUGGUUGAUGCUUCCCUGCAUUAAUUUUGGGAGGGUUUUUUGUUUUGCUUCAUUGCUUUGUUUUAAUUGUACGUUCUUUUUCUAGAGAGAGAUAAAUUGGGUUUGGAACCUAGGAGAGGUGGUGAUGAUGCGGUUUCAACGCAACUAUACCAUCUGAACAGUCAUUGCCCAACUAGUUAAAUUGAUGUUAUUUUCCCCCCAUAGCUCAAGUUACAAACAGAUUGCAAGUUUUGAAUAUCAAUAUAUCAGCUGGCUUUUUUUUGGGUUGCAA